GCUCCGACCCCAGAGGAGCUGUGUGGGAAGUUGGUGUCUUGGAGCCGCAGCGUGGCUCUGCCGAGUGUCUGGAGCCCGGGGUGUGCACACAAACUGAUAAAUAGGGAAAGGCCUGCUUGGCUCCAGCUGGAGCAGAGCUGGGACCGGCACUGCAGCCCCACGGACCCCGCGGCAGGAGAGGAGUUCCCUGCAACAACCGUUGCUGUUUCAAGGCUUAUCUCACAGCAGAGUGGAUGAAGCAGUGCAGCUGGGAGCAGAGCAUGGCCAACACGUUUGUCACCGUCCCUGACGGGUACGGCCUUCCUGAGCCCAUCCAAUACUACGAUGUUUUACCAGAGCACAUCAAUUACCAGCUGCCGGACCCAGAUUUCCAGGCUGGCCCGUACUGCCAGUACUCAGCAGUGCCAGUGCCAGCCCUGCAGCCACCGCCAGCCCCGGCCCCAUUCGGCCCCUACAGCCUGGAGCCCCCGUACGGUGACGGGCCCUGCGUGGGCAGCAGCUGCGAGCUCAGCAAGGGCCCCUUCUUGGCUCCCCAGGUGGAGGACAGCGGGGAGCAGGGCCUAAAGAGGCCCAGGUUAAACCACUCGGCAAGGCUGAAGGGGCAGGAGGAGCUGUGCGUGGUGUGUGGGGACAAGGCCUCGGGGUACCACUACAACGCACUGACCUGCGAGGGCUGCAAAGGUUUCUUCCGGCGCAGCAUCACCAAGAACGCUGUGUACCGCUGCAAGAGUGGGGGGCACUGUGAGAUGGACAUGUACAUGAGGAGGAAGUGCCAGGAGUGCCGCCUCAAGAAGUGCAGAGCUGUUGGAAUGCUGGCAGAAUGUUUGCUGACUGAAGUCCAGUGUAAGUCAAAGCGACUCAGGAAGAAUUUCAAGCAGAAGAGCAGUUUCCUUUGCAACAUAAAGCUGGAAGAUGAGGGACUGAAUAGUAAGCAAGUAUCAUCUACAACAAGAUCUGGAAAACAGAUCCCAGAGAAGAUGGAACUUACUCCAGGAGAACAUCAACUUCUUGACCACAUUGUAGCAGCACACCAAAAAUAUACAAUUCCCCUUGAGGAAGCCAAGAAGUUUCUACAGGAAACUGCAAGUCCUGAGGAAAGUUUCCUCCACCUGUCUGAGACAGCCGUUGUCCAUGUCCAGGUGUUGGUGGAUUUCACAAAAAGACUCCCAGGGUUUGAGAGUUUAGCCAGUGAAGACCAGAUUGCUCUGCUGAAAGGGUCCACAGUGGAGGCGAUGUUCUUGAGAUCAGCCCAAAUUUACAACCAAAGAAUGAGUGAGUGCCAACCAUCAACGAGUGAAAGUCAUGUAAGACUUUCUGAUCAUGGGACAUGUUGUCAUGUUCAAAACCUUGACAAAAACAGUAUUUAUUCCAUGGAAAUGUGUCAUAAUAAAGAGAGGCCAACUUCUACUACUACCACAGGCAUAACUGAGGAGUUCAUCACCGCCCUGUUCUACUUCUACAGAACCAUGGGGGAACUCAAAGUGACCGACACCGAAUACGCUCUGCUCGUAGCAACAACAGUGUUCUUUUCAGAUCGCCCGCUGCUGAGGGACAAGCGCCAUGUGGAGGAGCUGCAGGAGCCGCUGCUGGGGAUCCUGUACAAGCACUCGAAGCUGCAGCACCCCCGGGACCCGCAGCGCUUCGCGCGGCUGCUGGGGCGCCUCACGGAGCUGCGCUCCCUCCGCCACGCCCACGCGGGGGCGCUGCGCGCGCGGGACCCGCGUCUGGCCGCGCCGCUGCGCGACCUCUGGGACCUCCACUAGGCGGCGCCAACGCCGCCGGCCCGCGCGCCCCUUCCCGCCUCGGGUGCGAGCCGUCGUUUCCCGCCCUUUUCGCUCUCCCUCCGCGGCCGUCGUGAGGUGCCGGUGCCGGUGUCACUGUAGGUGCCAGUGUCGUUGCCGGUGUAUGUCGGUGGCGGCGAUGUUGGUGUCGGUACAAGCGUUGAUCUCGGUCCCAGUGUCGGUGUCGGUGCCGGUAUCGGUUUGGGUGCCACGCUCAGUGCCGGUGUCAGUGCUGGGUCAAUGUCGGUGCCUGUGCCGGUGCUGGUUGUCGCUGCCGAUGCCGAGUGUCGUCAGCGCUCUUCUUCGGGCACACCGAGAAAAAAUCCGUUCAAACCGCUCUUGCGGCCGCGCCUGAGUGCCGGGCAGGGCCCGCGGCCAAAGGACGGCGAGCGCUCGGGCGGUGGGGCUGUGUCCGCUCAAUGGUGCCGCCCCCGGGCCACGCUGGAACGGGCCGGGGGAUACCGACAGGGACACGGGGACACUGCUGGGAGCCCCCAGGCAGAGUCCUGACCCGAGCACGCACAUCCUGCCCCGUACCGGGAAGUGUCCAAGGCCAGGUUGGACGGGACUUGGAGCAAGCUGCGAUAGUGGAAAGUGUCCCUGCCCAUGGCAGGGGUGGCACUGCAUGAGCUCCAAGGUCCCUUCCAACCCAACUCAUUCCAUGGUUCUGUGUGUGUGUAAAAUUUGCUGAACUCAUUCCUCUGCAGACUGCCAAGAUUGAUGCUGGAGGGAACAUCUUUGACUUUAAUUUCAAAGACAUCUGCUGUUAUUCUCUACCAAGACUGAAGGAAAUAAUCUCGAUCGUCUGCUCUGUGUUGUUACUGCACGUCACCGAUGAUAAAUCCAUGUUUGAUGCGGGUGAUUUAGCAGUGAGCAGUGCCCCACUUGGAUGCUGGCACUGGCUUUGAAGUCCAGCUUACACCAGACCAAAUGUGCAGUGAAAACCUGUCAUCACACUGAGUUAUGUGAGUUAAACAAAUUAUUGUUUCAUGUUGAGGUUCCUUACAGAAUAUGUUUAGAUUCAAAUGCAAUAUUCUGACAGGAGAUGAGUUACACUAUUUAUCCUAUUUUUUGUGACUUGAAAACCUUGUAAAAUGGCAUUUUCAUACAAAAACAUAGUCAGAUGCGGUGUUUAAAACUAUCCGUGGUAGUAAAGAAAAAAAUAAAUAUCAACUACUGGACUUUAAAGAAAUCAUUUUGCUUCCCGAAUCCUUUAUCAUGCACUCAUGCACAGACAGACAGUAGCUGAUGAUUUCUCCUCAUCAAAAUCUUCCACUCUGGCCACAACCUAUAAAGCAAACUACAAAAAAAACAGUGGUUUGAAAAGCUACUGUGAAGUACGAAGUGAGCGAGUUCCAAACCCAUUACCAAUUCUGGUAAAUUCUGGUAAUUUCAAAAAUUGCAGGCAGUUGAUUUAUUAAUUUUAAAAAAUGUAUUUUCAUGUUAGUUGUAAUUUCUUUUUUUCUUCUGGAUUUUAUAAUCCUUCUUUACAAAUCUACCCAUAGGAAACAAACUCUUAAGUUUGUGCAGUUUUAACAAAUGCCCAGGUGAUGGUUUUAAUUUGCCAUUAAAUCCCUGUACUGUAGCAAAAUCACUGAUUCACAUAAAACUAAAAUAAACUUUACCUUGCACAUUCUUUAA